AUGAAAACUUAUUAUGAAAACUUGGUUAACAAGACAAAAGCUGAAUAUGAAAAUUUAAUAAACAAUGCAAAAACAAAUCAUAAAGACUUAGUGAAUAAUUUUAUGACUAAAGAUAAUUGGAAAGAUUCUAAACAAGAAUUUCUGAAUGAAAUUAAAAACCUUAUAAAUAUGAAUAAGAAUAUUAGUAAAAAAGUAAAUAGCAAUAGUAAUGAUAAUUAUUAA